AUCAAACCCACCAAUAACGAAUUGGGCCGCUGAGAUUUUUUCCACUCAACCUCAGAGUAUCUCAGUUGUGUUUAACUCUUUAUUAGUUGCUACUUACACAAGUCACAGAUAACCCCUGCACUUAACUCUCUAGAUGAAGGGUCCUAUAUUAACUCUCAAAUUUUCAACUAAAAUUCACCUAAAACCCCCUAAAUUUCAGAACCAAAAGCUCACAUCUUUACAAUGUGGAGCCAUUUUACAAUUUCUCACCAACUCCAAAUCUUUAAAACAAGGCCAGCAGCUCCAUGCCCACAUGCUCACUUGUGCUAUUCUCACACAAAACACAUAUUUAUUCACCAAACUCUCUGCAUUUUAUGCUGUAAGUGGCAAGAUGGCUGAAGCCCAUGUAAUUUUUGAUCAAGUUCGGUUUAAAAAUUCAUUCUUGUGGAAUUCUAUGAUUAGAGGUUAUGCUUGUAAUGGUGAUUCUCUAAAGGCCUUGUCUUUGUAUCGUGAUAUGAUGAUUUUUGGUCAAAAGUUUGAUAAUUUUACUUACCCUUUUGUUCUUAAGGCUUGUGGUGAUUUGGGUGUUGUUGAAAUUGGUAGGAAAGUUCAUUGUGAGUUGGUUGUUAAUGGAUUUGAGGAGGAUGUUUAUGUUGCUAAUUCUUUGUUAGCUAUGUAUGGUAAGUUUGGGGACAUUGACAAAGUUAGGAUUGUGUUUGAUAGAAUGACCAAAAGAGAUUUGACUUCGUGGAACUCGUUGAUUUCGGGUUUGGUAAAGAAUGGUGCGUCGAGAGAGGCUUUGGUAACUUUUUGGAGGAUGAGAAGUUGUGGAGUUGUUGCAGAUUGUACUACUAUUCUUGGUUUACUUUCAGCUUGUGUAAAUUUAGGUGCAUUGGAACCUGGUAGGGCAAUUCAUGGCUAUGUCAUAUGCACUGAUAUGGUAUGUUAUAAUGUUUUCUUAAUGAACUCUCUUAUUGAAAUGUAUUGUCGUUGUAACUCGAUGGCGGAUGCAGAGAAGUUAUUUGAUGAGUUUACACAAAAAGAUGUUGUGUCGUGGAAUUCAAUGAUUUCAGGUUAUGUAAGAAAUGCAGAUGCUUUUAAAAGCCUUAGGCUUCUUUGUAGAAUGUUUUCAGAACAUGGCUUACCUGAUCAAGUUACCCUUGUGUCUGUUCUUGGAGCUUGUGCUGAAAUCACAGCCUUGCAAUUUGGGCUAUCCCUUCACGCAUAUAUAAGUAAGCUAGGGUUUGGAACAAAUGUGAUGGUGGGAACUGCGCUCAUUGAUAUGUAUUCUAAAUGUGGGAAUUUAUUAUGUUCAGAAUAUGUUUUUGAAGAGAUGCCUAACAAAAAUAUGGUUUCCUGGAGUGCUAUGAUCACAGCAUUCGGGCUUUGUGGAAGAGGAAGGGAAGCUUUAUCUACCUUUUACGAAAUGAAGGGAAGCAUUAUUCCAGAUGAGGGUGUGUUCGCUUCAGUUUUGUCAGCCUGCAGUCAUGCUGGAUUGGUCAGAGAGGGCAAAGAAAUUUUUUAUAGCAUGGGAAAAGAGUAUAAUUGUGAGCCUCUAGAAUCUCAUUAUUCUUGCAUGAUAGAUCUUCUUGGACGAGCUGGGUAUUUAGAUGAAGCAUAUGAAUUGAUUAUGAAGAUCAAAUUUCAAGCAACCAGUGAUAUUUGGGUCGCACUUCUUUCUGCUUGCAGGCUCCAUAAAAAUAUUGAACUAGCUGAGAUUUCAGCCCAGAAAAUUAUUGAGAUUAAUCCAAAUGACAUUUCUAGCUACAUUGCUUUGUCAAAUAUCUAUGCUAUCAAGAAAAGAUGGGAUGAUGUGGAAAGGGUGAGAGCCAUUGUAAGAGGAAAAAGACUACAGAAGGAACCAGGAUGUAGUUUUGUUGAGGUAGACAAGGUUUUUUACAGGUUCAUGGUUGGCGACAAAUCUAACAGACAAACAGUUGAAAUUUUUGCCAAGUUGAGAGAAUUAUCCAUGCAACUCAAGUUGGCAGGAUAUAAACCUGAUCUAAGUUCAGUUUUUUAUAAUGUUGAAGACAAAGUUAAAGAAAAGAUGCUUUGGGAACAUAGUGAAAGAUUAGCUAUUGCUUUUGCUAUAAUUAACACAGUUCCAGGGACCCCUAUCAGGAUCAGAAAGAAUCUUCGAACAUGUGAUGAUUGCCACACAGUGGCAAAACUGAUCUCUAAGCUCACUGGCAGGGAGAUUGUUAUGAGGGAUAUUCGUAGAUAUCACCACUUCAAAUAUGGAUCUUGUUCUUGCGGCGAUUACUGGUGACCAUGUCUUAAAAAUGAGUUGUGUUUAAAGCAAGUGCUUUUCUUUUUUUUUUAUAAUCUCAGCAUCCAAUAGCGGAGAAUACAAGUUGGACUGCUAAUAUGGGGGAUAUAAUCGGCAAACACUCAGGUACACGGAAGUAUACAAAACACUCCAUUAAAUAAACAUUCUCAUUUCCCAUACAUCUGAGGAUUUUGUAUAACAUUAGACAUGGGCUGACUUUAGUUUGAUUCUCAAUCAAAUAAAAGUAAUAUUCCCAUGACCAGAGCCAGUGACAAUUGUUGGCUGUUAUUAGUACUAGUACUUAUUAGUGACUUGACACUCUCUGCUUCUCUUAAAAAUCACAAGUCGCAUUAUUUUUCCCCUGAAGCAGUUCUGUCUUAAAUAAAUAUGGAAGCAAUCUUCUCCACAAGACCAUCCCAGUAGUCAGCAAUUGGGCCGCCAACACUCAUGUCAGUUUCUUUAUCAAAUGGAAAUGGCUGGAUGGUUUCAGAUGCUUUUAAAAGGUCCUCGGUUGGUACUUUUGGUUUGGACCUCUCCAGUGGGACGACCUUUCCAUAUUUUCUUAGAUCUGGACAGUAAUCCUGAAAAAUUAUGUGGUAAGAUUCACAAUUUUUGAGAGAUUUUACUACCUCCGGGAGCAAAAAUUAUGUUCUCGUGGAGUUAAAGAUUGAAUACCUGAUCCGCAUGCAAUUUUUUCACAAAGGUUUUAAAUAAUUUAAAAUUCUUCCUUUGCAAUAGCUGGUCUGAUAAACGCAGGUAUGUCAAAGCAGUCAACCUUAAUUUUGGUGGGAAAUCUCUGCUUACACCAUUCGGCCUGCAAUUAAGAAGGAUUUGAUUAUAAGCACUGCGAUCAUAGCGUGGGAGAGCAUUUUCUCCCGCAACUUCAAUGUUUUCUGUCCAGCCGCCACUUAAGACCUACACAGUUCACACGUUAGAGCAUCAGCUGCCACUAUUUUGAACAUUAUAUGGUAACACAUAUGUUACUAGCAAACUCAGAAUGCAAUGAUUGUGAAGCCUGGCUUUUGAUAGUGUUUAGUGAAGGCAUAUUACAGACGCAUUCGCAUACUGGAUCAGAGUUCUAGCACUAUUCAAACUUUUUUGUUGGAACUGUAAAGAAGCUAGCUUAUUGUCUUUUAUCUCAACCUGUUGAACAAGCUCCUGCGGUCCACUCUUAGCAUUUUCAGGCUGUUCAGAGUUUCUCAUUUCUAGACAUGUGAAAUUUAGAACACUGUAGUGCCUGGACAGCAUCCUUGCUAUUGGUCGAUAGCCAUCUCUGUCGUUCAAGUUGUAGAAUCCGGCAGUUAGCUCCGCAGCAUGACUGUCAUCUUUAUACCACCAAUGGAUUCCGGAAACCUGUUUUGAAGUAGAAUUAUAUAUUUUCACAUUUCAGGUCACAUGCAAUAUUGAAGGGUUUGAUGUUUUGGUCAUUUAGGAUUUACCUUAGCUGCUAAUUUGACACUGCAUCCUAGAAAAGCUUUAUUGGCUUCAUCAAGGAUCUGAUCACCAUGUUUCAGCAAAUUGUUAGAAUACCAGGUCAAGAAAAACUUUCCUUUUGCAGUUAAGUACUCUGCCGAUCCAAAGAACUCUGUUGAUCCAGG